UUAAUUUCUUUAAGCCAUUCUAAUUGAUUUUAAGAAUUUUUUCCUAUGUGUAUUUAAUUGUUUGCAAUGAUGAUAAAAAUUUCUCCCAUUAUUUCGCUUUAUCGUUUCAAUACAUCAAUCGUACAACGAUGUAAACCGAAACAGAUAAUAUCACGACAUCUGUCCACUAAAGAUCAUAGUUAUUUGAGUCCAUAUGUUCAAUUACCAUAUUCAUAUGCUUUUGGACGUAGUGAAGGAAAUGUUAUUUAUAAAACUCUUGGACAACUUAUGGAUGAACGUGCGGAAAAAGAUUCGGGUAGACCAUUCAUAGUAAGUCAUCAUGAAAAUCUAAAGAAAUAUUAUGGCGAUUUUUAUGAAGAAAUCAAUCAUUUGGCAAUGGCUAUGCAUGAUAUUUUGGACAUAAAACGUGGUGAUGUUGUUGGAAUUUGGAGUGGAAAUGUUUAUGAUUGGAUUGUAAUACAAUAUGCUUGUUUACGUCUUGGUGCUAUUCUUUGUACGGCUAAUCCAUUCUAUCAAUCGUUUGAAUUAGAUUAUGCUAUUCGUAAAGGUGAAAUGAAAGCAUUAUUUAUGCCCGGUAAACAAUCACGACAAGAUUAUGUAAAUAAUUAUGCCAAAAUUAUUCGUGAAACUUUGUCCAAUAAAUUCGAGAAUGAAGGACUUCCACUUUAUUUGAAGAAUAUCAUCUCUAUCGAUGGGGAACGUUAUGAAGAGAAUUAUUUUCCAUCCAUUCUUCAGAUCAAAACAUUUGAAUUGAAUAAACUAAAACAAUUUAAAAAAGAAAUGGAUCGAUCAUUAAUCGAGGCUGUGAUGCCUGAUGAUCCAGCCAAAAUUGUAUUUACAUCCGGUACGACAGGAAAACCUAAAGGAGCUUGUUUAUCACAUUUUACGCUUGCCAAUAAUGUUUCAAUUGUAAUGAAACAAUUUGAUGUGAUUGGUGAAGCAAAUUGUUGUCUACCAUUACCAUUUUUUCAUUCAUUUGCUGGUGUACUUGGUAAUCUAAUGCCAUUGGCAUUUCCUGAAUCACAAAUAGUCAUACCAUUUUUGAAAUAUAAUUUACGAGAAUUUGUUGAAUCUAUUCAGAAACAUAAUGUUUCAUUUUUGUUUGCAACUCCAACAUUGGCCAUUGAUUUAUUUAAUUAUGUUGCCCGAAAAAAUUAUCAAUUACCAACAUUGAAAGCUGUUUUAGCUGGUGGUGCAGCUGUACCCGAAGAAACUGUAUAUCAAUUUAAAGCUACAAUUCCAAGUUGUACAGAUUUUAGAAUCGGUUAUGGAGCAACUGAAACUGGACCCGGUUUAACUGGAAAUCGAGUAGAUACUUCGGAUGCAGAUAAAGCUCAAACUGUUGGUCAACCGCUCGAUUUUAUUGAAGUGAAAAUUGUUGACCAAACAACAAAUAAAUUAGUUAAAAUUGGUGAAACCGGUGAAAUUCAUACCAGAGGACAUAAUGUAAUGAUCGGUUAUUGGAAAGAACCGGAAAAAACUGCUAAAGUACUACAAAAUGGAUGGUAUAAUACAGAAGAUCUCGGAACUAUGGACGAAAGAGGAUAUAUUAAAAUAGUUGGACGUUCGAAAGAAUUGAUCAUUGUUGGUGGUGAGAAUGUUUAUCCACGCGAAAUUGAAGAAGUAUUGCACAUGUUACCAAGUAUAGAAAUUGCAAGCGUUGUCGGUGUACCUGAUGAACGUCGCGGUGAAGAACUUUGUGCCUGGAUUAAAUAUCGUGAAAAUGUUCCACAAGAAUCACAUGAACAAUUACGAGAAUUUUGCAAAGGAAAAUUGGCCUAUUUCAAAGUUCCAAAAUAUUUUCUUACAGUUGAUGAUUUUCCUAUGACACCAACAAGAAAACAGCAGAAAUUCAUAAUGCAAAAAAUGUCAAUUGAAAAAUUAAAACUAAAACCGAAAAAAGAAUAAAAUUCGAUUAACAAAAAAAAAAAAUAGGUUUGAAAAUUUCAACGAUAGAUGUCGAUACUAUAUCAUGGAAAUGUU